UGAAAUGAAAACAUAUUGUUGAUUUGCCGCUAGCGAUAAACAAAAAAAUUCGUAAAUAUUAUGAAAGCAAGAAUAUGAAACUGUAAAGAAUGUAAUAGAACAGAUAAUUUGUGAAUGCAAAAAUAAGACAAGAAAGAUUUCAUCUUGGAAAGCAAAAAGAUUUUGUUAUUUUUACACACAAGAAAAAAAUAAGAAAAUAACAAGAAAAUCUUCUGCAAAGUUGAGCUGAAUUUAAAACUAAGGUUUUUGCUGUGAUUUGUGAGACAAGAAUAAGCCGUAACCUAUUUUUAUGCUGAAAAUCUAAGAGGAUUAAUUUUAACUCUUCCCCACAACUUCCCCCUCCCACCAAAAAUAAACAAUAAAACACAACUCGCAUUUUAAUUUAUCCAAAUGUUACAAACAACAAUAACAACAACAUGACAAUGGCAUUUUCAACAGACACCCUCAAUGGUAUUAACGAGAAUUCAAUCGCAACAACAGCCGCAGCAGCAAAACAACAAAUGAACGAUGAUGAUUUAAAUCUGGACAAAAUUUUACGAGCAACAGCCUCGGCAACAGUGAAAUUUCUCUUAAAAAGAAAUGCCCAAACAGGCAACAACAUCAGCAAUAACGAUAAUGAUAAUACGCAACAUAAUGAUGUUAUAGGCAGUGGUGAUGAUGAUAAUGAUGACAAUGUCUAUGAUGAAAAUGCUUAUGGCAGCAAAACUGAAUAUGAAACAACAGCCGCCAACAAUUUAUCAGCCACAAUAACAUCGAUACGUUCCAAUGUUAGCAAAGUAUUGUAUAUGUAUUUUCAAAAUAAAACUGCUGCAGCAGCUGAUAAUGAUGUCAAUGUUAGCAAAUCAAAUGAGGCAGUUGGCUAUGAUGAUCCUAGUGUAAAUUUGACACCAUUGUCCAUAAAUGAAAAACCUUUAGCUACAGCCUCUUCGGCACUGUCAAGAAUAGCAACAAAAAUGACCUCUGAAAUUUUACAAAAUUCCACCUACAACAAUAGUAAUUUAACCCACAUAACUGCAGAUGUAACAACAACUACAUCAACGACAGCAACAACACCUAUGGACAACAGUAAUAAUUUUAAACAACAAGAACAACAUAACAGCAACGUGAUAGUAACAACAAUGACCCACUUAAAUGAGUUUCUAAAUGCCACCACAACAACUGCAAUGCCCUCUAAUACCACAACAAACAGCAAGUGCUCUAGAAACAACAAUAACACAAGCAGCAGCAACAACAACAAAUGGAACAAUAACACCAAGCAUAACAUAUCCUAGUAUAGCAAUUAAUAGUUACGAAAAUUGUUCAGCUCUAUUUGCCAACUAUACACAA